AUGAAAAUAUCUACCUAUCUUGUGCUGUUGGCUGGGGUUUACGGGGUAGAUGCGAAAGCUAGUUUCCUACAGUCUCCGUCUAUCGUUGGCACCAACAUCAAUACCGCCGAAUCGAUCCAUACCACCACCGUGAAGUAUGAUGAGGAGGACAGUAUCUUGUUGCCCCAAAGCAACCACAAUGGAUGGGUCAAUCCUGAAGAUUUGGCUCCUAUGCCACAGUGCAUCGCUCAGCAAGACCAGUCCACCUGGCUCCGUGCGAUGACAAAAUGCACCACCAAGCGAUGCACCUCCCACUUUGGAUUUAUCUGCACCCAUCACCAAUGGCUGACUCAACUCGGCUGUCUCCGCAUCGCAUUCCCCCCCGACGUUAUCAAAAGUUAUCUCCCAUACUGUGGUCGAUCAGUUCUCGCCAAAGCGCAGUUGUAUCUAUGGAUUCAUAAUAUCAGCGGUCGAACAUGGCUUGCUGAUGUUGGCGACGCGAAUGGACUGCAGAAUCUCACCCCAGACUCCCUAGCUAAAGGAUACGCAGCCGUUGGCGUGCUUCACAAUGCACCGACAUGUCUGACGCACUCGGUUUCUGCUUUGUCGAUGGAACCAUUUCAACAUGUAAUGGCCUCCUGUGGUUUCACAAGUACCACCCAACACACCGGAAACGCUGCUCGUCCUUGGGAAUAUAGUGAAAGGCUACGGUCUAUGGUCGCUCUGGAUUUUGAAACUGUUGGUUAUGAUCUGGUCCAGCGUCGCAUCUACGAUCUAGUCCUGCAUCGCAUCACCGAUGGCGACUAUUUUGAUAAAGAUUGCUUCUGCAACGCCUUCAAUAUAGAUCACAAAAAGGAACCUUGUUCAGGGUCGGAACAACUGGACUUCACGAAGGAGCGUCUUUGGAUUAAUGCCACCUGUGGGUCGACAUCCUUACCCGAGAACUGGACGGAUACACUCAAAACCACACAAUUCGCGUAUAUUCCCGUCGAAGAUUGGCACUGGCCCAAAUGCGUUGCGGAUAUUCCGGAGCAGGUGAUCGAGCUUACUGAUCAGUGUGCAACUGAUGUUUGUGAGGUCGGUGGCUACUGCAAAAUCAAGCGCGCAGUUGACAGGGCUUGCUUUUGUCGCAACAUCAGCUACGAUUCCUGCGGAGGGUCGUGCCAGAUAUUUGAGACCCGAAUUGACUAUGUCAAAUGGCUCCAUGAUCUUUGUGGCAAUGUGCAGGACUGGCACGGUCUGCCAGAUAAUUGGCGUCAAUUAGCCGUCCCUACCACCCUCGACAUGAUCCCAUGGCGUUGGACAUUGAAGCCAUCCAACGAUUCAGAUAUUACCCAUACCCCCAGUUUAGGAGACACCGGAGAAACAGAAAUAUGUGCCUCGAAUGAGUCGAAACUCACAAGCUUUGCUCUUGUCAAUAUAGCUACUUUCCUUGCAGUAUCUCUCAGCCAGAGAACAGACAUAGUACAUCGAAUCGCACGACUCUUUCCAUGCAACUCGCAGCCGUGGCCUUGGCUUGUCAAAGGAACAUUAAUCGCCGCUCUGCAACUCCUUGCAAACUUAUUCAGUCUCCUUUUUAUUCAACAAACCCCUGGGUAUGAGAAGGUUCCAAUCAUUCAAUUAAUGCUUCUCUGGAGCUCAAUGCCUCGGCCUACUUGGCUGACAAUCUUGUUGAUUGGUGUACCAACCUUUGGAGAGUUGAGGCUCUUCGUGACCGCGUCUUCGCUACUUGCUGAAGUAAUCCUCCAGUUUCUAUCCGCAUAUUACAUGCUUAUAACUGUUCAUUACGGUCGAAAACACUAUUUCUACUUUGGAGGCAUGGAUGGAGCGGAGAAAGGGGGAUCUGCAAAAGUUAUGUAUGCCGGAGCACUGGUGUGGCUUAUUAUCGUUAGCGUGGUGAUCACUCAGUUAAUACGGGCUAUGGGUAGGAUGACCAGGUUGACUGGAUCUGGUUUCGAUACACUAGAGUGGCAGGGAGGCAAGCAAGCAACAUGGAAGGUUGAGGAGCUGAUGGCCUACUUGGAUGAACGUUGCACAAGGUUAAUGGAGAUUCAGAGCUCAGAAGAAACACUGUUGAUAAGGAGCGAGGGUAGGAGCCCAGAAGAAACACCGUUGAUAGAGAGCAAGGGGGGAGAUCACACGGGUUAUGGCACUUGCUCUGUUGAAGACAAACAUGGCCGGGUUUCCCGGAAAGCCUUCAUGGGAUUGUAUGCGGCUACGGUCAUCAUCAUGCUCCUUCUUUGGAUUGCGCAGUGGCUCUUUUGGGGUGGAUUUAUUGGUCUUAGUUCGGAAGAGUACGUAUCCAUUCCCGUUACCUACAUACUUGGUACAUAA